CUUGAUGCUGGACUUAAUGGAAACACUCAGAGCAGAGGACUUCACUUAACAUCUGUUUGUGGAGAGGAAAAUGCACUGAAGUUCAUUGACUUAAGUGAAGCUGCAUAUGACAGACUAGCAGAUGAAACACUGGAUGCGUUAGCAGAAUAUUUUGAAGACCUUGCCGAUGAGAAAUAUACAGGGACAGACUACGAUGUUGUGUUCUCUAGUGGCGUACUGACCAUUAAAGUGGGGGGUGACCACGGCACGUACGUCAUCAACAAACAAACACCCAACCGGCAGAUAUGGCUCUCCUCACCGACAAGUGGACCAAAGCGCUACGACUGGACAGGCAGCCGCUGGGUGUACUCUCACGACGGCGUCGCCUUGCACAAUCUGCUCUCUAAGGAAUUUUCCAGAAUCUUUCAGAGAGAUGUGGACCUGUCAGAUCUCAUUCAUUCCUGAUUGGGAAUUUAAAUAGAGAAAUGACCCUAAAAAAGCCACCAUCACAGCAAUCCCCUCACGUCUCCUCAAAAAUACAGACACGUUAGAACUCAGCAAACUAUACAAACCGUGCAUAUGAAGUUAACCGCAAGCUUUACGCCAGUCAUAUAAGUUAUAUGCAUUGGGAGGGUCUGGAGGCUUUUCCUUUUGCCAACGUCCUCACGGUCUUUUUGCGAAGAUGAACGACAUUAGUCAGAUAUAUGAAUGAUCUAAAACCUCGG